AUGGGUGGAGGACCUGUAGUAGCUACCGGCGGGACGGACUUCUCGCAUCUCGUGGACUUGUCGAAACCAUGGUAUACGAACUCGCGCCUUGUCCUACUGAAUGCGUGCAUCGCCCUGCUUCUUGUCACCUCUGCGACGAACGGCUAUGAUGGUGCCAUGAUGAACGGUCUUCAAUCUUUGCAACAAUGGCAAGAGGACUUCGACCACCCAGCCGGUCAAGAGCUCGGUAUCUUGAACGCUAUCCAGGGUAUCGGCGGUCUCAUCGCCCUCCCACUCUCGCCUUACCUCAACGAUGGCUUCGGGAGACGGUCAGGCAUUGUGCUCGGCGCGACCAUCAUGAUCGUCGGGACUGUGCUGCAGAGCGCAUCUAACACGAUCCAAAUGUUCAUUGGGGCCCGCUUCCUCCUCGGGUUCGGCUGCUGCUUCGCCGCGUCCGCCGCGCCGCUUCUGAUCACCGAGGUAGCGUUCCCGACGCAGCGCGCGCAGGCGACGUCGUUGUACAACUCGCUGUGGUUCCUCGGCAGCAUCAUCGCCGCUUGGACGACCUUCGGCACGUUCCACAUACCCAACAGCUGGUCGUGGCGCAUCCCUUCCGCGCUGCAGGGUUUGCCGUCUGUGCUGCAGGUGUUCAUGAUUUGGUUCGUGCCGGAGAGCCCGCGGUGGCUUAUGUCGAAGGGGCGCAAUGACCAGGCUCUGCACGUGCUAUCGUACUACCACGCCAAUGGUGACAAGAACGCUCCCCUCGUCGAGCACGAGUUUCAAGAGAUCAAGACCGCACUCGAACGCGACGCAGAGAUUGCCCAGCAGAACGGUUGGCUAAGCCUCGUCAAGACGCCCGGGAACAGGAGGCGCCUGAGGAUUAUCAUCGCGCUCGCAUGCUUCUCGCAGUGGUCAGGGAAUGGAUUGAUACUUGCAGACUUGGGCAAGGUCUUCGACGCCAUCGGCAUCACCGACCCGACCAUGCAGCUUCUCAUCAACGGCAUCCUCAACAUCUACAACUUCAUCAUUGCCAUCUCCGCCGGCCUUCUUUGCGACAAAGCGGGCAGACGUCCGUUGUUCCUUGCCUCGACUAUUGGAAUGACCGUCUUCUGGACUGGACAGACGAUCUGUUUCGGUAUCCAUUCAGAGACGGGGAGCAUCGCGGCCGGACAUGCUGUCGUGGCAAUGAUCUUCUUGUACUCUGCCUUCUGUGAGUCCUUCUCGAGCAAAGGAAUUGCCUUCACUCCCCUAAUCGUAUCCUACACCGUCGAAAUAUUGCCAUUCCACCUUCGCGCCAAGGGCUUUACCAUUUUCGCCUUGGCAGGUUCGCUCUCGACCAUCUUCAAUCAAUACGUGAACCCAGUGGCACUUGAGAGCUUCAGCUGGAAGUACUACAUCUUCUACGUCGUCUGGCUGACCUUCGAGUCGUUCUUCAUCUACUUUUACCUGCUGGAGACGAAGGACGUACGUGGUGACGUCCAUCUGCACUCGUCCGACGCUGACACUAGGUCCUGA